ACAGUUUCCGCUUCCGUCUAUUUACUUCCGGAGGGGGAACAAAUCGCUGGGAAGUGUUAGCAUACGUUUUUCCCCCUUCGUUGGACAUUUUUAGAUUAUCAGCCAUGGGGAAGUCUUUUGCCAAUUUCAUGUGUAAAAAGGAUUUCCAUCCUGCGUCGAAGUCCAAUAUUAAAAAGGUAUGGAUUCAAGAGCAGAAGUUGACUUUCGAGAAGAGGAAGCAGGAAGACCUGAUGCAGGCAUACUUGAAGGAGCAGGACACUUACAACAACAGGGUGUUGAUUGGGGAUGACAGAGUUAAAAAUGGCCUUAAUUUCAUGUACGAGGCUCCACCGGGAGCAACAAAAGAGGAAAAGGCAGAGGAAGGAGGCGAAGAAGAAUGCAAAUUUGAAUGGCAAAAAGGGGCUCCAAGAGAAAAAUAUGCAAAGGAUGACAUGAAUAUCAGAGAUCAGCCGUUUGGGAUUCAGGUGCGCAAUGUGCGCUGCAUCAAAUGUCACAAGUGGGGCCACGUGAACACGGACAGAGAAUGCCCUCUGUUUGGGCUGUCAGGCAUUAACGCCAGCUCUGUGGCUUCAGAAGAGGGCGCAGGUCCGUCGAUGCACCCCUCUGAGCUAAUGGCUGAGAUGCGUAACAGUGGGUUUGCCCUGAAGAAAUGUGUCCUUGAUCGCAAUGCUACUGUUUGUGAUCCAGCACAGGUGUAUGUUGCAAGCGACCAAGAAGAAGAUCCAGAGAUGGAAUUUUUAAAAUCUCUAACAACAAAGCAAAAACAGAAACUCCUCAGGAAACUGGAUCGUCUGGAGAAGCAGAAGUCCAAGAAAAAGAAGAGUAAAAAAGACAAGAAAAAGAGCAAAAAGAAGCAGAAGAAGAAGCAUGAAAGUAGCGACAGUUCGAGUCGCAGCGGCAGCGAGUCAUCCAGCAGCAGCAGCUCUGACGACUCCGACUCAGACAGCCGCGGCAACUCAAAGGGCCAAAAGAGAAAUAAGAGCAAGAAGAAUGCGUCGUGCAGAGAUAACAGCUCCCAGAAGCGAGACAAGAGUCACAAAAAGUCCUCGUCUCGCAGGAGCCGGUCAGCAAGUCGUCGCGCCUCACACAAGCGCUGUGAAGUGGCGCCUGCGGAACAUAAACAAACACGGACUGAGAGAGGAAGGACUCCGGAGGGCAAAAGGAAGAAGGCGGCGGACAGAAAGCGGGAUGGCAGCGGGAGUGAUCAGAGAGGUAGCGAGCGCCAUCACAGGGGAGAUGCUGAGAGCGGCCGUGUGGACGCAAAGAGAGGAAGGAUGGAGGAGGAGAGGAGUAGAAGCAGGGACAGGAGACCAGAGAGGAGCCAUAGAAAGCAUUAAAGACUUCUUCUUUUAAAAAAAAUCUACAUUUUUCUUUUUAAAGGCCCUCAAUUGGUGUCCUUCAACGAUUUAGCAGCAUGCAUGUUCUUGUCCUACCAGUAGAGGGCUGUAGUGGUCAAAGUAUCAGUCACAUGUUUCAAUUCUAAUUAAAUAUUAAACACGC